AUGAUGGGCAGGUUCCACGCCCGUUUGUACAAGACCGACCGUGCGCGGGAUUUCGACCACGAGCAGGAUCGAUAUGUGCGCAUGCGACAGAUCUAUGAGACGAUUGAUCGACAGGGCUUUCAAUGGAUUGUCGUGCUGGUCGCAGGACUGGGCUUCUUUCUCGAUGGGUACACACUCUUCGCCAGUAACAUGGCGCUUCCGAUGAUCUCCUACGUCUACUGGAGAAACGACACCUCCUCAUUACGCCUCACGUGCAUCAACAUCGCAACUCUCGCGGGGACCUUACUUGGACAAGUGGCAUUUGGUUUCUUGGCUGACAAGAAUGGACGAAAGAAGAUGUAUGGGGUGGAGCUAGUGCUUUUGAUCACUGCCACGCUGGGCGUGGUCAUGUCCUCAACAGGCGUGGACGGCAGCAUGAACGUCUUUGGCUGGUUGAUUUGGUGGAGAAUCUGCGUCGGAAUUGGAGUUGGCGCAGACUACCCAUUGAGUGCGGUGAUCACUUCUGAAUUUGCCCCGACCAAACAUAGAGCGCGCAUGAUGGCCACUGUCUUCUUCAUGCAACCGCUCGGACAAAUCGCAGGUAACAUUGUCUCGGUCAUUGUGAUCGCAGUGGCCCGCCACAACAGUACACCCGACGAGGAUCUUUCACGAACCGUGGAUAUCAUGUGGCGCUGGGUUAUGGGAAUAGGUGUUGUUCCCGGUGCGAUUGCUACGCUAUUCCGAUUUGCGAUUCCAGAGAGUCCUCGAUACUUGGUUGAUGUUGAAGAUGACCCCGUCACCGCGGAGUUUGAUGCAAGCACACUCUUCAGCGAAAGUCCCGGGAUGUCUGAACUCUCCAGCUGGGGUAACAGUACAGUGUGCAGUGCAGGGGGUGGCAUUCAACUACCCCCGAUUUCCUCCAUUGCAAGCAGCAGUUCGAUAAUCGACGACGAUGAUGAAUUCACCCGUCUACCACCCGCCACACUCAACUCUCACUGGCGAUUAGCACGCACUGAUAUCUUUCGAUAUUUCUGGACCGAGGGAAACUGGCGCAGUUUGGCCGGUUGUUCUCUUGCGUGGCUUCUGCUUGACUUUGGCUUCUAUGGAAUUGGCCUGUCUAGUCCGCAAUUCUUUGCCAAAACAUGGGGCACACUUCACAUAUCUUCGGCAGCUCCAAGUUGGAUGACCGACGAUCGACCACAUGCCAAUAUUUUCACGAUGUUCAUGGACACCUCCGUGCGCGGCCUGGUUGUUCUGAAUGCUGGCAGCUUUGUCGGUGGUGUCUUGCUCAUCAUAUUUGCUCACAAGUUGGAUCGAGUGGCGCUCCAGAAAUACAUGUUCCUGGCAUUGGCAGCUCUCUUCAUUGCCCUGGGAACCAUGUUCCUCUGCCUUUAUACCGGCCCUCCAGCUGUUGUGGCACUAUAUAUCAUUGGUCAGAUCUUUUUCAACUUCGGUCCUAAUGCUACGACAUAUAUGAUUCCGGCCGAAAUUUUUCCAACUCGAUAUCGUGCCACUUGCCACGGUCUGAGUGCCGGGUGCGGCAAACUUGGUUCCAUCUUGGUCCAGAUUUUCUCGGCAUACUAUCACUUUGGCGCUGGUCCAGGAAAUGAAUCAACCCGGAGACACGGCAUCGUUCUGAUUGUCUUCAGCGUCUGCAUGGUGCUCGGCGCAGCAGUCACGCACUUCUGGAUCCCACCAAUCCAGCAAAAGCGUAAUGGACGAAGUAAAAUCUGGGGCGGAAAGCCCGAAACUCUAGAGAGCAUGGCUCUUGGGCGGAUGGGCCGAAAGAGUCGGGAUGCCGAUUUCCGGAAACGUACGUCCCGACAUCGAGCACUUUCGAUGAGCGCUUAG